CUAUCGGGAAAAAAAGUUUUCUUUUUUCAGUUUUUUUUGUUCUCUUCUCUCAUAAAGAAUCUCGAGAUUGGCGUCCGAGACAAAAGACCCUUCUUCCCUUUGCUUCUUUAAACUUGCCUCUCUCUCUCUCUUAUCUACUGCCCCUUCCUUUCCCCUCUCCCCCUCGCCAUUGUUGUGCUGUUUCAGUUGAGGAAAAGGUGAAAAAUAGAAAACGAAAAGCCCUAACUUUUCUCUCUUUCAUCUCACCAUUAUCUCAUGAAGUUGAGAGGAGGCUCUCUCCACCCAGAGAGCCUACCCUUGCAAAUAACCCAGCAGCAACGACGUUAAGGCUUCAUCCAAAAAAACACCUGAUCAAAAUCUAGGGAUUUCUCGAAAUUCAAGCCAAGCCCGUCUUUGUUUGAGUCGAUAUUCCAUCUGGGUCACGCUUAUUUCGGGGAUUCUCUGUGAAAGAAGUGAUUUUUUUUUAUUUGACUGGGAGCUAGAUAUGAUGGCGCACACGAUGAACUUAGAGUCUCCUGAAAAAGGAAUGGAUUCGAGCAAGUACGUAAGGUACACGCCAGAGCAAGUGGAGGCUCUCGAGAGAGUUUACGCUCAGUGUCCGAAGCCGAGCUCUCUCCGACGACAACAGCUCAUACGAGAAUGUCCGAUUCUCUCCAACAUCGAGCCCAAACAGAUCAAAGUUUGGUUUCAGAAUCGCAGAUGUCGAGAGAAGCAGAGGAAAGAAGCCGCUCGUCUUCAGACAGUGAACAGAAAGGUCAGUGCUAUGAACAAGCUGUUGAUGGAAGAGAACGACCGUUUGCAGAAACAGGUCUCGCAGUUGGUCUACGAGAAUGGCUACAUGAAAAACCAACUGCACACUGCGUCUGGAACGACCACAGACAACAGCUGUGAGUCUGUGGUCGUAAGCGGUCAGCAACAGCAACAGCAACAUCAACAGCUAAAGCAAAACCCAACUCAGCACCAUCAACGUGAUGCUAAUAACCCAGCUGGUCUUCUCUCCAUUGCAGAGGAGACCCUUGCAGAGUUCCUCUCCAAGGCUACAGGAACUGCUGUCGACUGGGUUCAGAUGAUUGGGAUGAAGCCUGGUCCGGAUUCUAUUGGCAUUGUUGCCAUUUCACGCAACUGCAGUGGAAUAGCAGCACGUGCCUGCGGCCUCGUGAGUCUAGAACCCAUGAAGGUUGCCGAAAUCCUCAAAGAUCGUCAAUCGUGGUUUCGUGACUGUCGAUGUGUCGAUACUUUGAGUGUGAUACCCACUGGGAAUGGUGGGACUAUCGAGCUUUUAUACAUGCAGAUGUAUGCUCCAACGACUUUAGCAGCGGCUCGUGACUUCUGGACGCUGAGAUACAGUACGAGUUUAGAUGAUGGAAGCUACGUGGUUUGUGAGAGAUCGAUGGCUCAAGCGAUUGGUGGGCCGACGCCUCCCAUGACAUUCGUGAGAGCUGAAAGGUUGUCGAGUGGAUUUCUCAUCCGUCCGUGCGAAGGUGGUGGAUCCAUUCUCCACAUCGUUGAUCAUGUCGAUUUGGAUGCUUGGAGUGUUCCUGAAGUCUUGAGGCCUCUCUACGAAUCUUCGAAGAUUCUUGCUCAGAAAAUGACCACAGCCGCUUUGAGGCAUGUCAGACAAAUCGCUCAGGAGACUAAUGGAGAAGUUCAGUACGGCGGCGGAGGACGCCAGCCUGCGGUUUUAAGGACUUUCAGCCAGAGACUUUCCCGGGGUUUCAAUGAUGCUGUUAAUGGAUUUUCCGCUGAUGGAUGGUCGCCCAUCGUUAGUAAUGGAUCGGAUGAUGUUACUAUCAUGAUAAACUCAUCCCCGGGCAAGUUUGUCGGUAAUCAGUUCGGGAAUUCUUUGUUUCCAAGCUUUGGUGAAGGCGUGCUUUGCGCCAAGGCAUCUAUGCUGUUGCAGAAUGUCCCACCUGCUGUACUGGUUCGGUUCCUGAGAGAACACCGCUCUGAAUGGGCUGACCAUGGCGUCGAUGCCUACUCUGCUGCAUGUCUCAGAACAAACCCGUUUUCCGUCCCAUGCGCUAGAGCUUGCGGAUUCCCAAGUAGCCAAGUCAUUCUUCCUCUCGCUCAGACCAUUGAACACGAGGAGUUUCUUGAAGUGGUUAGGCUCGAAGGCCAUGCCUUCUCGCCUGAAAACAUGGGCUUGGCUCAAGAUAUGUAUCUACUGCAGCUUUGUAGCGGUACUGAUGAAACCGCGGUUGGAGGCUGUGCCCAACUCAUCUUCGCCCCUAUCGAUGAGUCAUUUGCCGAUGAUGCGGCUCUGCUUCCAUCCGGGUUUUGCAUCAUUCCGCUUGAACAUAAAACAACUCCGGAUGGUCCCUUGGCAACACGGACUCUGGAUUUAGCCUCGGCUCUCGAAGGCUCAACCCGAGAAGCAUCGGCUGAAGCUGAGAGGAGCGGUUACAAUCACAGGUCAGUCCUAACCAUCGCAUUCCAGUUCACAUUUGACAGCCACUCAAGGGACAACGUCGCAUCCAUGGCACGUCAAUACGUGAGGAGUGUCGUGGGUUCGAUCCAGAGGGUGGCUCUGGCCAUUGCUCCGAGUCUAGGAUCCAAUCUUGGCCCGUUUCCACUUCCCACUUCCCCCGAGGCUCUCACUCUCGUCCGCUGGAUCUCCCAGAGCUACAGAAUCCACACGGGUUCGGAUCUUUUCCUGGAUGAUUCACAAUCCGGCGAGGCUCUGCUGAAACAACUCUGGAACCAUUCCGAUGCCAUUUUGUGCUGCUCUUUGAAAACGAACGCCUCUCCGGUGUUCACAUUCGCAAACCAAGCCGGUCUAGACAUGCUUGAAACCACGCUCGUGGCGCUUCAAGACAUGAUUCUGGACAAGACCCUCGACGAAUCUGGUCGGAAAGCUCUUUGUUCCGAGUUCGCCAAGAUCAUGCAACAGGGCUAUGCUCAUCUGCCUGGGGGAAUUUGUGCGUCGAGCAUGGGGAGGCCAGUUUCGUACGAUCAAGCCACCGUGUGGAAGGUUUUAGACGACGAUGAAGCUAACCACUGCUUGGCCUUUAUGUUCGUGAAUUGGUCGUUCGUCUGAAGAAAACGGCCAUGGAAAUGUGCCAAGAAUGUAAGAUAAUGAAGUUAGUGUACUGUUAUGCUUAAGAUACUUAAAAUGGAGGACUAAAAUGUAAUAACUCGUGACCUUUUGUAACGUAGACUAUGUUAUGGCAGGGUUUUGUGUGUUUUUAAAUA